CCUCACCCUCUCAACUUCAUCGCAGUUAAUCAAAGCCGCAAAUGGAUCUCCAGCAGAAAGAAAUCGACCGAGUGCUGUAUCUCCGUCGCAUAACGCAGGCUCGGUCCUGCUAUCCGUGUCGCCAGCGCAAGGUCAAGUGCGAUCACAGCCAGCCUUGCCAGACGUGCCGGAAACGAGGCCAUCCCGAGAUCUGCUCGUACAAUGUGGGCACUCCCGAGAAGAGGCGCGGGCGGCGUGCCAAAGCAGCGGCUGCAAGCAUGGCGUCUCAGAGGGCUGUUCAAAGGAGGGAAUCUGAGCCUGAGCCCGAGUCAGAGUCAGAAGCCGGGCUUGAGCCACCACGACGCAAUGAUGAUGCUGGUGCUGAUGGUCAUGAGUCCGAGCCUUCUCUCACUCAUACGCCGUCUUCUCUUGCUACAACUCAGACGUCAAACUCGAUACUAUUUACGAGAUCUGCAGAUACUACAGCUGCCAGUUGUCAUCCGCCACGUAAAGAGCUCUAUCAAGGAGGCAGCUCUGUGCUCACCAUGUUGCACGGCUCAACCGACUCUCCCGCAGUAGAGAUGAGGCGCAAGGCCGGACCAGUCCUUGGCUUACACAAUACCCUCGAGUUCUAUCCUUUCAUGAAACUCAAAACAUGGCAGGAGAGAUGGGUGGCGUUGCUGAAGGUGAUUCCACAGAAACAAGAAGUGUUGAGAUAUUUCCCCUCACAUGGAGCCACGAUAUAUCCCCUGAACCCUGUCAUGCUGGAUCCUGAUGAUCUAGAGUCUGCUUUCUGCGAGUAUCUCGCCGCCCUGGAAGCUGGUGAGCUCCGUAGUCCCGACGUGCCGUCUUCGAAAUGGGUCUGCAAAGCCUACAUAUCCAGAAUUGCUUUGCUGCUGGCCGCACUUGCUACUAGCGCCCAUUACUCGGUGAUGCAAUCUCCGAAGAAGCGGUCGGAGCAUUGCCUUGACUUUGUACAACGCGCAUUUGACGCUCUACGUCUGGCCAAUUAUGUCCUGCAUCCAUCAAUCGACGGAGUCCAUACCUUGCUCAUUAUCGGAACUGUUCUCCAGGAUGUCGGACAGUCGGAUGGUGCGUGGGUCAUGAUGGGCACCACCGUCCGGGCAGCGCAGGCUUUGGGCUUGCACACGCAAAGUGCGUCUCAACAGUCUGAUGACGGGGCAAAGAAGAAACAGGCGCUUUGGGACGCCAUUUGCAGACAGGACUGCUUGCUCAGCUUGUGCCAUGGCCGGCCAAACAUUACAUCCAAGCAAUCCUUUGCAACAGAAAGCAUUCUUGAAAACCCUAAUCAACCGCUAGACUUUUCGGCGAUGAUGUGUAGCAUCGUUUCAGUAACCUCCAGCCUUUUGGAACUAAACCAGCCAAGCUGUGAGGCAUCAAUGAAGCUACUGGCCGAGCUGGACGGAUAUCGAUCACGAGCUGCACCUUAUUUACAGUGCCGAGAGAAAUGCACAAACAUCCAGCAGCGCUACGAGAGCCUCACCAUAGAGAUUCAGUUGUUCUUUGUAGUCUCAGUUUUGUGCCGUCCCGCACUAACAAAAUCUGCUCUUACCGAGAAUGAGCCUGACAUUGUUCGAGCUCUCAGGGCUCAGGCCAAGGAGAGCUUGAUGAGUACGGCAAAGGCAUUCAUUGAUUUUCAAGCGGUGAGCAUUAUUCCCAUUCGAACUUGGUCUUUGAUCCAUUCAGUCCUGGGUGCCACCAUUCUACUCUGUCUGUGGGAAGAAACGCGGUGUGACCAAGAGAGUCGAGACGUGAUGCAGCGAGUCAUGGAAAUCUUCUCCCGGGCAGCUCAGGCGGAUGAUGAGACUGGCAUGAUGGUUGAUGCGUCGGGAAACAACAAUUGGCUGUCUAUGAAUCACACUAGGGCACUGGUGGCUCUGCAAAAUGCCAUACAGAAUGCCAUACAGAAAGCUCCUUGUGGUUCGUCAUCUCCUGAACGACAAGAGGCAGACAACGUGGUGCAGCAGAAUCACUCUUUGCCGAGAGGGCAGGAUACAGCACCGAUAGAUCCGAUGAUGGAGACCGUGAUGGGUUAUAACUUUACCACAAUGCUGGGCGAGAGCGGGUCAAUGGGCGAAUACAUGUAUCCAUGGGACACGUCGGGCCUGUCGCCUCUGAUGUAUCUCGACUCGAUUAUGAAAGCGCCAUAUGAGUUUGUGGAUGAAUUCUGAGAAAGGUCAACGUCUUGUAAAACUGGUUACUAUGGGGUAUAGCCUCUCGUAUAAUCGUAAUACUAUGGAAACAAUUUGCGCUGCGGACAGAAUUUCUUUCAAUAAUCUGGGAUACUCCUGUUCAAACCUGUAACUCCGAUGACUUUGUAAUACAACGUCCUAACAUCGGAG